GAACGAUCGUAACCCGGAAGUUGUUGAGCUACAGCGGUUUGCAGAUUUAGCAUCUCAGACGUGUUGAAGUUUUUCUCUUUUAACCCUGAAUGAAGAAAAAACUGUCUGAUUUGGGGGUUUGGGGGAUUUUAUAAAGGUAUUUUGGUGAGUUUUAAUCUUUCAUUUCCACCAUAAAGAUCGAAAAAGACCGUUUAAAGUGAAUUUCCUACUAAAGAUGGAUGAUGAAUGACUGUUUUCAGGCUGGGUUUUGCUCUCUGGAGAUCUUAUUUUUCUGUUUUUAUGACUUUUGAAACCUUAAAGAUGAUCUUAGUUAAUCACAUUAAUGAAGUAAAGCUGUCAGUAAAAGCAGCAGUUUAAUUAACCUUCAGAAUCACAGAUAUUUAAUGAGUUUUAAAGGGAACUUUGUAAUUCACUGUUUUAACGGUUUUCAGGUUUUGCAGCUGAUCUCUGCAGACUCUCAUGGCUCACAUCACUAUAAACCAGUACCUGCAGCAGGUAACCUUUCACCUCAUAUAUAUAUAUGUAAACAGCUUAUUAUUAGUAUGACCUGUAACCAUGGUAACAUAAGGCUCUUGUUUGGGGUGUUCAGUGGAGUCUGGUUUAAAGUUUGCAGCUGAUCUUGAUGCAGUGAGAUCUCUUGUGAUCUGUGACCAUGAGUUCUGCUUAUUCUUCUUCUUCUUCGUUGGUGUUUUACUUCUGCAGGUUUACGAGGCCAUCGAGAACCACGAGGGCUCCUUCUGCGCUGAGCUGCUCUCCUUCAAACAUCCGCAUGUCGCCAACCCUCGGCUCCAGGUGAGGUCCCGCCCACUCAGGUCAACAGACACAGAAAUGCAGGGAUGGGGUCUCACCUGUGUGUGUGUGUGUGUGUGUGUGUGUGUGUGUGUGUGUUUCAGCUGGCCAGUCCUGAGGAGAAAUGUCAACAGCUGCUCGAGCCGCCGUACGACGAGAUGGUCGCCGCUCACCUCAGGUAGAGAAAUCAGGAGUUGAUCAGGUUUUCAAUCAGUGGCUGAAGUUUAAAGGAGGAAAAGCACGGAUGUUCCCCGUUUAAGAAGCUGAAAGAGACUCUGUUUGUUUCUAUUUCAGCUGAAUGAAGUUUGAGAUUAACUGCAACGUAACCAUAAUAACAGCACUGUGUGUGUUUGUGUGUGUUACAGGUGUACCUACGCAGUGUCCAAUCAUGACUUUGUUGAAGCCUACAAGUUCCAGACCCUUGUCGUCCAAUAUCCUUCACCAGGAAACAAACGAAACAUAAAAAAACAAACCAAUAACUAUAAAUGAUAAUAAUAAGAAUUAUUUAUGAUGAACCAGUGUCCCUCCUUGACCAAUCACGUCCUUCCUCAGAGCCUUCCAAUCCCACAAAGAAGAAAACUGGUGAGUCCAGACAGAAGGCUGUUAGCCUGACUCUCCAACAAAGACCCUCAUGUCAGCAGCUGAUUACAUGCUUGUUGUGUUUGUGAGUUUAAUGUUUGCGAUGCUCUGACUUUAAGUCUUUACAUCAGCUCAGUGUGGAGGAAGAUUUUCACUCUCCUGUUUCUGCUUCAGGGCUCUCCCGGUGAUGUUCGCCGUCACUCUGGAUCUCAGGAUAUUUGCAAACAAUGUAAGACACACGAAUGAUUCAGAUGAUGAUGGUGAUGAUGUUAGUGACCUUUGACCUCAUGUUCAGGCAGAGCAGCAGCUGCAGAAGAAGAGUAAAGGUCAGCCGGGGGAGAUGUUGGAGAAAGCCGCCGAGCAGCUGAUGAGCUGCUUCAGGGUGUGCGCCAGCGACAAGUCAGUACACACACACACACACACACACACACACACACACACACACACACAUGCGGGGGCACAGCUACACACAGUUUGUUUGUGUUUGAGAGUUUUAGAGAAACUAAACUGUGUCCAUUACCUGUUAUGAGUCAGAUCUUUGAAAAAGCAGCAUCAUAACUCUCAUCGUGGACUUUCUUUGUUUUUCCUCCUCCUGCAGCCGAGCCGGGAUCGACGACUCGAAGAAGUGGGGGAUGAUGUUUCUGAGUAAUCAGCUGUUCAAGAUCUACUUCAAGGUGACUCUGAACUCUUUUGGUUCAUGUGAGAUCAGAACUGAUUCAGGACAGACAUCUGAGGAGGAACUGUGAUUAUUCAGGGUUCAUUGUUCUCUCCUGAAUAUUUCUAAUAAUCUACAGUCAUAAUGUCAAAUAAAAACACAAGUAUUUAUGAUGGAGGAUUUAAAUCCAGAGGAGUCGUGCCUAAUUGAUGGGUUUGUCUGUGUCAGAUCAAUAAGCUGCACCUGUGUAAGCCUCUGAUCAGAGCCAUCGACAGCUCCAACCUGAAGAACGACUACAGCACGGCUCAGAAAGUCACCUACAAAUACUACGUGGGCCGGAAAGCCAUGUUUGACAGUGACUUCAAACCAGGUGAGAACUCACUGAAGUUUGUUUUUCAUGUUUUUGUUCAUUUAUUCAUCAGAGUCCCAACAGAAAAAAACACUCCAGACUUUUGUUUUUGUUGAGGAUAAUAAAUAAUGUCCACUCCCCGCUUCAAUUUAAAGUCUUGUGAUGACGAAGGAGUAGAAAGUCCUGUCCCUGAACAGCAAACAUCUUCUUUCUGCGAUUUCAGCCGAGGAGUUCCUGUCGUACGCCUUCGACCACUGUCAUCGCUCCAGUCAGAAAAACAAGAGGAUGAUUCUCAUCUACCUGCUGCCUGUCAAGAUGCUGCUGGUCAGAAACACGACACAUUCAAACCGUUGAUACCAGUUUAUGCCGGAUUAAAAAACAGUUUUUACCAGUUAAAACUAGUGUAUACCAGUCAUCAGAAUCAGAAAUACUUAAAUAAUCCUGAGGGGAAACUGCUUUUUGUUACAGAAACUGCAGUGCAAAUAAAGUAGAAAGAGGAGAUAAAUAAUAGAUAAAAUAAGUAAAAAUGAAGAGAUAAUAUACAAGUAUGUACACUAUAUACAACACAAAAUAGUAAAAUAGUAUGCAUCAACGCAAUUUAUACUGUUUAAUACCAGUUCAUACCAGUUAAUACCAGUUUAAUCCUGUUAAUCUCAGCCUUAACCAGUUUAUUACAGUUCUAACCACUUUCUAUCAGUUUGAUGUCGUUUGUACAGUUGAACACUGUGUGUAUAAACCAGUUUAUAAAUUUUUUAACCAUUUUACACCUGUUGAAUUCAGAAUAAGCCAGUUACUCCCUAUCUUAGAAAUAUUUCACUAGUUUGAACCGGGUAAAUCCACUUUAUACAGGUCACAGCCAUUAUACACCAGUUUAAACCAGUUUAUAUAAUUUAAUACCAGUUAAAAUAUUUUUCUUUUCCAAUUUUAACAGUUAAAAUCAAUAUGAACCAGUUUAACGCAAUUUUAGUACAUGAAAACCGCUCACCUACACACGUCUAACCAGUUCAUACCAGUUUACAGGAGUGAUUUACAGUUAAUACAUAAAAAACCAGUAAUAAGUAGUUCAAACUGGUUACUGAAUUUUCAAGCUGAUACCAGUUUAUAGAGAUUGACAGUCAUUUAUACUAGUUCAAGGUGCUCUUUACUAAUCCAAACCAGUUUACACCAGUUUACUCCAGAUUAAACCUGCCGACACCAGUCCAUCCUUGUGUACUUCAGUUUGUACCAGUUCAAACCAGUUUACUCCAGUUUAGACCAGUUGAAUCUAGUUACCACCAGUUAAUACCAACAGACCUCAGUGUAAGACAGCUAGCAGGAUACUAGAUUUGACCAGUUCAAACCAGUUUCUUCCUGUUAACACCAGUAAACUGUGGUCUGAAUCCCAGUUUAAACAGAGUCUGUUGCUGUUUCAGGGUCACAUGCCGACUCAUCAGUUACUCAGGAAGUACGACCUCAUGCAGUUCGCAGACGUCACCAAAGCUGUGAGGUAAGCAUCAACAGGGAGUGACAUCACCACGCACACAGCGAGAUUCACAGGCAUAAUGUGUGUGUGUGUGUGUGUGUAUCAGCGAGGGAAACCUGCUGCUGCUGAACGAAGCUCUGUCCAAACACGAGACCUUCUUCAUCCGCUGCGGGAUCUUCCUCAUCCUGGAGAAGCUGAAGAUCAUCACCUACAGGAACCUCUUUAAGAAAGUGUGAGUGCAGCUGCUCACAGCGCCCCCUGCUGGGUAUCAAACCUAACUCCUUCUGUUCAUCAUUCAGUCACCUGAGCGUUGUUGUUGACCUCUGCUGCCCCCUGUCUGCAGGUAUCUGCUGCUGAGGACUCACCAGCUGCCUCUGGACGCCUUUCUCGUCUCUCUUAAGAUGAUGCAGGUGGAGGACGUGGACAUCGACGAGGUGCAGUGUAUCCUCGCCAACCUCAUAUACAUGGUGAGGACACACACACACACGUGCACACGCACACACACACAUGCUGGAGUGCUUAAAUAACAGAUAAACUCUGACGUCUUCUUCUUCUGUGGUGUCUGUGUUUCCUCUCAGGGUCACAUCAAAGGUUACAUCUCCCAUCAGCACCAGAAGCUCGUGGUCAGUAAACAGAACCCAUUCCCUCCGCUCUCUUCUGUGUCCUAGACUACGUUACCCACAAUUCCCUCUGGCUUUGAAGUCAUUGAUUGUGUUUUUCUAUUUUUUUAUUUUGUAUGUUUAAAAAUGUCAAAUUAAAAAGAAACUGGUUUGUACAAA